AGUGUUAAAGAUUUUAUGUCUGAAGAAGUUGUUAAACUACAAUGAAACGUAACAAAUUUUAAAUAAAAUAAUUAGGAAGAGAAACAGAAUGGAUACAGUAUUAAUUUUAUUAUUCAGUUAUCUAGUAAAGAAGAUGAGUAUCCAUCAAAACAUUUAGGUUGUAUUUUUUUUUACGAUUUAGUCCAAUACCACAGCAAAAUUCUAUCAACAAUUUAUAGAACCUGCUCAUCAUAAAUCUUUCAAAUCAUUAUGAAGUAUUUUCAUUGAGUUUUGAAUUUUUCUUUAAUAUUAGGCAUGGAUAUAGUUUAGAAAACAAAAGAAGUUCUUGAGAAAUUCUAAAAUACGAGAAAAAUAGUUUAUCUCAAUAUAUUUUUUGUUUUCUAGAGUUGUGGCACUUGACACACGAGGCUAUGGUCUUUCUUCAAAACCAUCGCGCAUUGCUGAUUAUACCUUACAAGUAUUAGCUCGUGAUAUAGCAGAUAUUAUUGAACAACUAGGCUAUAAAUCGUGUAUUUUGGUUGGACAUGAUUUUGGUGGUGCCAUUAGUUGGAUAACAGCAUCAUUAUUUCCACAUUUAAUUGAAAAAUUAAUUAUUAUGAAUUGUCCCCAUCCUCAAACUUUUCAAUCAGAUAUGACAUUAGCACAAUUAAAACGAUCAUGGUAUAUGUUCUAUCAUCAAUGUCCAAUGCUUCCCGAACUAAUAAUUCAAUCCGAUGAUUUUGGAUUAUUUAAACGUGCUUUUCUUAAUCCACCAAUGGGUCUAGUGAACACCAAUAAUAUGGAUGAGAAAGAUAUUGAAGUUUUUAAAUAUACAUUUGCACAAAAAGGUACUCCAAAAGCUGCUCUUAAUUACUAUCGUGCGAUGUUUCGUUAUCAGCCAGAUCAAUUAUUUAGUGUAGCAGUACCAGCAUUACUACUUUGGGGUACAAAAGAUGGUGCAAUAGGCGAAGAAUUAUGUCAUGCAACGACCAAAUAUUGUUCAAAUUUAAAAAUUAAAAAAUUACCAGAUGCCAGUCACUGGGUUCAACAAGAUCAACCCGCUGAAAUUAAUAAAUAUAUGGAAGCUUUUUUGAAUGAACAUACAUAG